AUGAACUCGGCCAGGGACACCGACGGCCAUGGCUCGCACACAGCCUCAACGGUGGCUGGAAAUUACGUUGACGGCGUAUCGUUCUUUGGGUAUGGGAAGGGAACGGCAAGAGGGGUUGCUCCGAAAGCGAGAUUGGCGGUAUACAAGGUUGUUUGGGACGAAGGUUGUUAUACUUCUGACGUCAUUGCCGGAAUAGACCACGCCGUCGGGGACGGCGUCGACGUGAUUUCAAUUUCUCUGGGCUUCAGCACCUCUGCUUUUUACGAGAACCCCAUUGCAAUAGCUUCGUUUGGAGCCAUGAAGAAGGGCGUUCUGGUAUGCUCGUCCGCCGGAAACAACGGCCCGUUUCUUGGCAGCUUGGACGACGGAGUCCCGUGGUCUUUGACAGUCGCCGCUGGGACAGUUGAUCGGUCUUUCGCUGGAACGGUGACGCUCGGCAAUGGGAUCACCAUAACAGGAUGGACCAUGUUUCCGGCGAAUGGUUUGGUGUAUAACAUGCCUCUGUACUACAAUAAAACUCUGGCGUUGUGUGACGAUCCGAAUCAGUUAGCUUUGUCGCCGUACGCCGUCAUAAUAUGCGAGAACAGAGGCCGAGCCUCCGUUUUGAAGCAGUUACGGCGCGUGGCGAGGUCUAACUCUGCGGGGGCAAUCAUGGUCUCCGACGAUCCCUUUUUAUUUGAGCUUGGAAAGGUUCCGUGGCCAGCUGUUGUAAUAAGCCCGAAGGAAGCGCCGGCGUUGAUUAAAUACGCGAAAACUGCUGAAAGCGCUACCGCCACACUGAAGUUCCAGCAGACCAUUCUGGGGAAAAAGCCGUCCCCGGCGGUGGCUGUGUACUCCUCGAGGGGCCCGUCGGCGAGUUCUCCGGGCAUUCUUAAGCCGGACCUUAUGGCUCCUGGUUCGCUGGUCUUGGCAGCUUACAUCCCCAACGGCUUCGCCGCCAAAAUUGGGGGAAACAUAGACUUGGCCAGUGAAUGCACCAUGAUGUCUGGCACCUCCAUGGCGUGCCCUCACGCCGCUGGCGUGGCGGCGCUGCUGAAAGUGUCGCACCCAGAAUGGUCUCCGGCCGCCAUCAAGUCGGCGAUGAUGACGACAGCAAACCCAUUUGAUAAUACCCGUAACCCGAUCCGGGACAACGGGCGGAGCCACAGUUUUGCUUCACCACUAGCCAUGGGUUCGGGCCAUAUUGAUCCGAAUCGAGCUCUUAAUCCUGGCUUGGUAUACGAUACAGACCCACAAGAUUACGUCAAUUUGCUCUGCACCAUGAAUUAUACUCACAAGCAACUUUUGACUGUCACUAGAUCGAAGCGGUACAAUUGCACCAACCCAUCGCCCGACGUGAACUAUCCUUCGUUCAUUGUUUUGUACACUAGCGAGUCCUUAGGAAAGACAGUCAUCAGAAGGUUUGAAAGGAUUGUCACCAACGUCGGUGACCAUCCGAGAAGCUAUAGAGCUGAAGUGACCACACCGAAGGGUUCAAGAGUCACGAUUCGCCGGAGAUAUUGA